GUAGUCGCGGUAUGCUUGCGCGAAGAGAGCAGAAAGUAUAUAUCGCGCACAUACGGCGUGUGGAUUUUAAAGCUCGACCAUUUCCCGGCUAUUAUCGCAUAACAGUAUUGGCACGUUCGGGUAGUGCGAGAAAAGUGUGUCCAAGUACGAUUGGAGGCGCGAUUUUCCCGGAACACCACUUCGUUCUGUCAUUUUCAAAGGAUUAAAUAAUAGCUUUCGCCGAGCAUAACCUCAAAAGUGAUAGCGCUAAGCGCGAAAGCCCAACGUGAAUUUUUUUCUCCUCAACGUCGCUCACGUGAACCGCUGAUAAUUGCGCGCGCUAAUAGUCGUAGCUUAUUUGGUUUCGGCGAUCGUUUCUCUAUACAUAUCGGAGUAAUCGCGAAUAGGUGUUAUAGGACAAAGUCAUGUAUCUAGCGCGUGAUUGAUCGAAGGCGAGGGGGGUACCAGUUUAGCAAUCCACGAUGUAUUCGCGUUACGUGUCCGGAAUCCUAUUGAGACGUUACAACUCGAACAUCGCCUGCGAUGCAGCCAGAAGCGCGCACUUUUUUCCCCAGCACUGUGGCAAGGUGCACGGUAGAUUCAAGUGGUGUGGACGCAAGAUGAGCAUGUGGCUGAGGGAGCAGAGCAUUCAGGUUGUCAAGGCCUGUGCCAGGCAGUUCGAGUUCAUAGCUGCGCAGAGGAUCAGAAGGAGCGUACAGAUAUUUCACCUCUACACCAGGAUAUGGGAUGAGAUGGCUCUCAAAGAGUUCAUGAGAUCGUGGAGGCGCAGAGUUGCCAGGAACACCAAUAACUUUCUGGUUGGAGCUGUUGGAGUUACGGUCUUCAAUUGGGAGCAGGAGAGAAUAGCGGAUAAGGAAAUGUACAGUUACAGCCAAGAAAUAGAUGGAAUAUACAGACUUCGAGAAGCAACUGUAAUAUGCCCCGAGUGUCAUUUGAGAUUGAUCGUUGACAUUCAUCAACCGGGAGUAAAAUAUUGCCAGUGUUCAAAAGUAAAGCGUGCCUCGCACAAGGCCCAGCAAGAUGGAAUAGAAUGGGAGCCUUUCAUUGAACGGAAAGACAUGCUAGUUUGGAGAAGGGAAGAGAAGGAUUGCAGAGGACUGUACUCUUACAAAGUAUAUGGAUCUUUUGAUGAUGUAUCAGCGGAAGAUUUCCUGCAAGUUCAAAUUGAUAUUGAUUACCGCAAGGAAUGGGAUGCAACAGCCAAACAAUUAGAGAUAAUAGAUACAGAUCCUGAAGCUAAGGAAUCCUCGGAAAGUUGCAGUGACGUAAUUUAUUGGGAAAUGGUUUGGCCUAGAAUGUUUGCAAAUAGAGACUAUGUUUACCAAAGGAGGUGGCUUUAUGAUAAAGAGACCGGUAUGGUCAUUAUUGUUAGUAAAGGAAUAGAUCAUCCAAAUGCCCCAAACAGACCAGAUACUCACAGAGUGCAAACAUACUGGUCUUAUAUGGUCAUAAAGCCAUACAAAAAUUUUAACGAGCCUGGAAUUGAAUUUGGUUUGACAUAUUUUGAUGACCCUGGUGUCAAUAUACCAUCUGCUGUAACUGCCUGGGUAGCUAUGUCAGGAUUCCCAGACUAUCUAUGUCGAAUGCGACAAGCUGGAAAAGAUUAUAAGAGGUAUAAGACAUCGCAAAAACCAGAAAGUGCAAUACCAGAAUCUAUAGUCAUAAUAAAUAGUCAAGAUGAUGAGGAUGAUAAAGCAGAUGCAAGUGAUGAGGAACGCAGUGGGACGAAUAGUCAAGAUGACGUUCUUACAAUAACGAAAAACGAAGAUCUUAGUAGUAGAGAUACUUCCAAACCUACAUCAGAAGAAUCUGAAAAUUCAAAAGAUAAGGAGAAAGAUGAAGAUGAGGAAGAAGAAAAUUAUUCUGACACAAGUCAGGAUCAAGAUAAUCAGGGUUUCCUCGACUACUUUUUUUUUACUAAAUUAUUUGCGUAGCACAAAUUCAAAAUAGACGAAUUUAGAAAAUGAUCUUGCAAAGCUGUGAGAAUGUGCAGUUUUUGGUCCAUAGCGAUUUUUGAAUGGAGACAUUAACAAUCGUUCAUCAGUGCUGAUGCAUGGGUGAAGAUAAACAUAUACGAAAAAAGUUGAUUCCCUGUGAUAUUAACUAUGUACAGAGAGGUUUUUCCUUCUACAACUUAUAAAUGUAUUUUAUGUAAAUACUGUAAUUUGAUUUUUUCGCAAACACAGAACGAAUUAUUGUCACAUCUACCAGAGACUGAUAGCAUUUUUAAUGUUUUUAAACCUUUUGCCAAAUGUAUUUCAAGUUCUAUCAAAUUAAACGGUCUCAAUAGAUGUAUACAUUAAUAUUGUAUUAUAGAAAAUGUUUUAUUUAAUAAAAAAUAUGUUACAGUCAAA